UCCGGAACGGCGAACGGCGCGGGCUCUCCUCCUGCUCUUUCCGACUAACAGGUUUGGCCAUGGCCGGGUGGAGCUGCCUCGUGACAGGAGCGGGAGGCUUCCUGGGUCAGAGGAUCGUCCACUUCUUGGUGGAGGAGAAGGAGCUGCAGGAGAUCAGGGCGCUGGACAAAGCCUUCAGACCAGAAGUGAAGGAAGAAUUUUCUAAGCUCCAGAGCAAGAUCAGGCUGACCUUGCUGGAAGGCGACAUUCUCGAUGAGGAGUGCGUGAGGAGAGCCUGCCAGGGCAUGUCGGCCGUCAUUCACACCGCCUGUAUCAUCGACGUCUAUAAUGACAUUCCGCAAGAGACCGUCAUGAGGGUCAACCUGAAAGGCACGGAGAUGCUGCUGGACGCCUGCGCCCAGGCCAGCGUGCCCAUCUUCAUUUACACCAGCACCAUAAAGGUGGCUGGGCCCAACUCCUACAGGAAGGCUAUGCAUAAUGUUAGCGAAGAAGAACAUUACGAAACAGUGUGGUCUGCUCCAUACCCAUUAAGCAAAAAGCUGGCCGAAAAGGCCACCCUGAAAGCUGACGGGUGGACUCUUCAGAAUGGUGGCACCUUGCACACUUGUGCCUUAAGGCCCACGUAUAUCUAUGGGGAAGGAAGCUUAUACCUUUAUCACUUUAUCAGCCAGGCCCUGAAGAACAACGGCAUCCUGCCAUGUAACAGCAAGCUCUCCUUUGUCAACCCGGUCUACGUUGGCAAUGUGGCCUGGGCCCACAUCCUAGCCUUGAGGGGCCUGCGGGACCCCAAGAAGGCCCCAAACAUCCGAGGGCAGUUCUACUAUAUCGCAGAUGACACACCUCACCAAAGCUAUGAUAACCUCAAUUACGCUUUGAGCAAAGAAUUGGGCUUCUGCCUCGAUUCCAGAGUGAGCCUUCCCUUGUUCCUGCAGUACUGGCAUGCCUUCCUGCUGGAGCUGGUGAGCCUCCUGCUCCGCCCAGUUUGCAGAUACCAACCCCCCUUCACCCGCCACUUGCUGACAACGUUAAAUAGCGUAUACACCUUUUCCUAUAAGAAAGCUCAGCGAGACCUGGGGUACGAGCCCCUCUUCAGCUGGGAGAAAGCCAAGCAGAAAACCAUGGAGUGGAUCAGCUCCCUGGUGCGCCAGCACAAGGAGACCCUGAAAACGAAGACCCACUGAACCGGGGUGACGAGGAUGUGGCUGUGGGUAUUGUCGGGAGAUGUCCGUCAAGCUCUCCCCUUCCAGCUUCAUACAGAAAGCAACACGGGCAGGAGCCCAGGUCCCACCACAUCCCUUCUACAAGAUGGCCAUCUUACUGUCUUCCUCCUCCCCGGGCACCAGCCCAACCGGAAGCUUCCUGCCCUACCCGCCCCCAGAUGACAGACAAGAUGAUUUACUGCAGCUGCUGGACCCAAAGUCUCAGUUGCUGAUUUGGAGCUAGUCGGGCCUCUUUAACGUAGAUGUUGACCUGUUCCAUUUCUUUUGUUAAUUGUAAAGUAAUUUCUU